CGCGGGAGAGAGGGGGAGAGAGAAAGAGAGAGAGCGCGUGGACGAGCGCGCGUGCGCGCGGAGGUCCGCCGGCAGUUCGAACGCGCUCCGCAGCCAGCUGCAGGUUCCCAGGGGCGGGCAGGGCUGAGCACGCGCUCCGGAACCGCACGCGAGUAGAAGGUCCCCGGGAAGAGCACGCGCUUCAUCAGCGCCGCCAGCGAGGAAAAAAAAAGCAAAGGCGGCAGCAGCAGCAACACCAACAACAAUAACAAGAAGCGACCGAGGCCUUUCGCUGCACCCGUGCAGGUUGGCGGCGUGAACUCCCAAUCCCUUUCCUUCUACACCCCCCCCCCGCCCCCCAACCACCAAACCAUCCCGAAGAGGCCAUGACUCGCGAGUAUAAAGCCGGGGAGUUGAUUUUCGCCAAGAUGAAGGGUUACCCUCACUGGCCCGCCAGGAUUGAUGAUUUUGCUGAUGGAGCAGUAAAGUCUUCAACAAAUAAAUAUCCCAUUUUCUUCUUUGGAACUCAUGAGACUGCCUAUUUGGGUCCACGAGACAUUUAUCCAUAUGAAGAAAACAAGGAAAAGUAUGGGAAGCCCAACAAGAGAAAAGGUUUCAACGAGGGACUGUGGGAAGUUGAAAAUAACCCAACGGUUAAAUUUCUUGGACAACAAGGUUCUAAUAAACGAGCUCGCAAGUUGUCAACUGAUAAAGAUGCUGAAGAGGGGAAGGAAACGGGUGUAUCAAAUCUGGGUAAAGAGGAGUCUGAUGCUGCAAGUUCACCAGAGUUUGACAAGCAUAGUGAUGAUGAAACUUCUACAAAGAAAGCUGCGGUAAUGGAACCUCCAAAGAAAGGUGCCAAGAGAGGACGAAAGAGAAAGAUUGAACAAGUAGAUGUCGGUUCAGAGUCUGAAGCCGAAAAGCAGAGCGCCAAGCGGAAGAAACAAGAUGUUGAGGUGAAGACUCCAAAACCCAGAGGAAGGCGACCCAAAGUCAUGGUGAUGGCUGCACGCUCAGGCGAUGAAAGUGAGAAUGAUGGUAUGAACAAAGCUGAGGUGAAGAAGGCAGCUUUGGAAGAAAAGCGAAAGAAGCAACACGAGCAGAAGAAAGUGAAGGAGGAGGAAGAGAAGAAAGAGGAUAAAAAGAGUGACAAACCAAAAAAAGAACUUGUUAAAAAGGAAGGAAAGAAGGACCUUGCAGAACCCAAGAGGAGGAGAAGCACCAAGACCAAGUCAACUUCAGAGUCUGAAGAGGAGGAACCAGAAGAUGGAGAAGAGAAAAGCAAGAAAACGAAGUGGGAUGCUGCUAAUAGACGGAAUCUAAUGAAAAAGCAAAAUGAAAGGGAGCAGGAAGAAAAACUGUGCAAAGUGGAGGAGAGCAAAAAAGAUGAGCAGCAAACCAAAGAGGACAAAGAAGGAAAGAAAGAAGAAAAACUCAACUUCAAGAAAAUAGAGAAAAAGAGAGAAAUGUCAAUGGAAUUGAGACUUCAGAAGUUGCACAGUGAAAUUAAAUUAUCCCUGAAGAUCGACAAGCCUGAUGUGAAAAAAUGUAUUGAGACCUUGGAUGAACUUGCGGCACUCCAGGUUACUCCACAGCAUCUGCAGAAACAUAGUGAACUGAUUGCAACACUUAAGAAGAUGCGAAAUUACAAAGCUUGUCAAGACAUCAUGUUCAAGGCAGAUAUGAUCUACAACAAAUUCAAAUCCAUGUUCUUGGUUGGUGAAGGUGAUUCUGUGAUUGCACAAGUACUAAAUAAAUCUCUUGCUGACCAGCGGCAACAUGAGGAAGCAGUUAAGGCACGAGAGCAAGAGAAGAAAAAUGAUCAAGUGGAAACUAACAAGAAAGCUGACAAUACAGAGGAACAACUGACUGCUGCUAAAACUUUGAAUGGAGAAGUUGUACCACAGGAUGCAGAGAAUGACCACACCUUGAAACGAGCAGAAAACAAACCCAGUGAUGAGAAGAAGAAUAAAUCUGAUGCUGUGCAGCCACCACAGAACAGUGAACUGCAUCAGUCUGAUGCCUCGCAGUUGGCAAAACAACCGUCAGCCAAUUCCGAGGCUGAGCAGAUGGAGACCGGACCAGGAGCUGAAAGCUGAGUAGCUCCAACUUGCAUACUGCCACCAAAUUUAAAAUGUAGUGCCUAGCACAAGGUGUUGUUAGUUGGGGGAGGGAGGGGGGAGAGAGGGUAGGGGGUGGGGUAGUGCUUUUGUUUCCUUUUUUUUGUAACUUCUGAUCUGUAGACAACUUGCUAUUUAAUACUGGAUAUCCACAAGGAAACCCCCAUAAAAACAACAUAGCAACAAAUAAGCAUAUGGCAGUCUUUUACCACAUAGAACUGAUGAAGCCUAGGUGUACAUUUUUUAUUUGGAUCCUUUUCCUGCCUUUGUUGAAAAAUGUUUUAUACAAUUGGAGGGUGGUGGGUUUUCCUUGUUUUUUGGAUGUGUAUAGUAAAUCAGUGAUGUUUUUAUGUUGAUAUGGUGUAUUUUUUUUGUGUAUUAACCUGUUGAGGCCAAAUCUGCUUUAACGCCAAAUAAUCGAAAGUAGUCUUUGUUCCUGCCUGUUGAAUUGCAGGUUGUAUCGUAAAGAAACUUCUGUGCAUUUUUUAAAAAUCUUUUUUUAAACAUUUUGCUUUGGUCUAGUAAAUCAAGUUUGUUGCAGAAGUAUAGUUGAGCUUUCUUAUAAUAGCCUAUAAUGGUUCUAUGUGAAGGUGUUGUAGAAUGGUUAUUGUAUACCAAUUACUUUUCUUUAAAAAAUACUAGUGUCUUUGUACUGCCAAAUGCUUCCACUUCAGAUGAGCCAUAGAAGCGCUUCUGAUGUGUUGCAUUUUGUUUUGUCCAUUGGGGAAGGAUUUAGGCCUUAAACUUUGCUGUAGACUUGCACCAAAAUAAAUGUUUGGUUCGUUAAUACUAA